AUGACGACCUUUUCGCGCCCGGUCGCCUCGAGCAUUUCCGGGGUUGCCUUUACCGUCUAUUCCGAUGAAGAGAUUAAAAAGCUGUCGGUGAAAAGAAUUCACAAUACUCCGACCUUGGAUUCCUUUAACAACCCAGUUCCCGGUGGUCUUUAUGACCCUGCUAUGGGUGCAUGGGGUGACCAUGUGUGUACUACAUGUCGUCAAAAUUCUUGGUCCUGCACUGGUCAUGCUGGUCACAUUGAACUUCCUAUUCCCGUCUACAAUGUUACCUUCUUCGAUCAUAUCUAUCGCCUUUUACGGGCCCAAUGCGUGUACUGCCAUCGCCUGCAAAUGUCUCGCGCUCAGGUCAACAUGUACACCUGCAAGCUGCGCCUCUUGCAGUUCGGCCUCGUUGACGAAGUCGCCGUUGUCGAAUCGAUGGGAACUGUCAAGGGAGCUACAUCCAAGCCUGGCAAGGGUGACGAUUCAGAGGACGAGGAAGAUGACGAAUCCAUGAUGGAGAAGCGGCUAGCCUACGUCGAUCGGUCCAUUAAUGAGGCCAAGAAAGAUGGAAGGCUCAUUGGCCUGAUGACCGGCGCAAAGAACCCCAUUGCUGCAGAGCAGAGACGGGACCUGGUCAAGAACUUCCUUAAGGACAUCAACAGCUACCGGAAAUGCUCCAAUUGCAGCGGUAUCUCUCCUUCGUACCGAAAGGACCGUUACAACAAAAUCUUCAAGAAGGCGCUUCCCGAAAAGUCGAAAUUGGCCAUGCUGCACGGCGGAUUCCAGGCCCCUAACCCCCUGGUCCUCCUCGACUCCGAAAAAAAGGCUGCUAAAGUUAAUGGCACCCGCUCCGAGAGUGUGGCGUCAGAAGUACAUGGCGCCGAGGAAGAAAUCAUGCGUGGGGCUGCUGUCACAAACCAGACCUCUUUUGGACAGGAGUUUAUGACUUCCUCCGAGGUCUACAGUUGUAUGAAGCUGCUUUUUGCCAAAGACGGUGAUGUCCUGCAGCUUGUCUACAAUGGUCAACCUGUUGCAAAAGGCGCAAAGGUUGUCAGUGCUGAUAUGUUCUUCAUCAAAAGCCUUAUUGUUCCUCCCAACAAAUUCCGCCCUGCUGCUGCUCAAGGCCCCGGUGAGAUUAUGGAAGCACAGCAGAACACUGCUUUCAAUUCGAUUAUCAAGCAGUGUGAUCUGAUCAACCAGAUCAGCAAGGAAAUCCAGAACAAGGACGAGGAAGUUAUCCGAGUGCGGAACUACGGCGACCUCCUCCAGGCAAUUGUUGCACUCCAGGACCAUGUCAACGGAUUGAUUGAUAAGGAGCGAACUGCUGUUACCGGCUCCGCAGUCGCAGCGUUGCCUAACGGUAUCAAGCAGCUUCUGGAGAAGAAGGAAGGAUUGUUCCGAAAGAACAUGAUGGGUAAGCGUGUCAACUUUGCUGCCCGUAGUGUCAUUUCGCCCGACCCCAACCUGGAGACCAAUGAAAUUGGUGUCCCACUUGUGUUCGCAAAGAAGCUUACUUUCCCUGAACCUGUCACAAAUCACAACUUCUGGGAGUUGAAGGAGGCUGUGAUCAACGGCCCUGACAAGUACCCCGGUGCCGCUGCGAUUGAGAAUGAGAAUGGUCAAGUCAUCAACUUGAAAUUCAAGAGUCUCGAUGAGCGUACAGCGCUUGCCAAUCAGCUGCUGGCCCCGUCAAACUGGCGCCAGAAGGGCUCGCGGAAUAAGAAGGUCUAUCGCCACCUUACCACUGGUGAUUACGUCCUCAUGAACCGACAGCCGACACUCCACAAGCCGUCUAUCAUGGGUCACAAGGCUCGUGUGCUUCCUAAUGAGCGGACCAUUCGUAUGCACUAUGCCAACUGUAACACUUACAACGCUGAUUUCGAUGGUGACGAAAUGAACAUGCAUUUCCCUCAAAACGAGCUCGCUCAAGCAGAGGCGCGGAUGCUGGCUGAUGCAGACCACCAGUACCUGGUCGCCACAUCUGGUAAACCCUUGAGAGGUCUGAUCCAAGAUCAUAUUUCCAUGGGAACUUGGUUCACUUGCCGUGAUAGCUUCUUCGAUGAGGAGGACUACCACCAACUAUUGUACAACUGUUUGAGACCCGAGAAUUCGCACAUUGUCAGUGAUCGCAUCCAGUUAGUUCCACCAGCUUUUGUCAAGCCCAAGUACUUGUGGACUGGAAAGCAGGUUAUUACCACUAUCCUCAAAAACAUUCAGCCUCCGCAGCGUGCUGGUCUCACCCUCAAGAGCAAAUCCUCAACCCCUGCUAACCGCUGGGGCGAGGGCAGCGAAGAGGGUGAUGUUAUCUUCAAGGACGGAGAGUUCUUGUGCGGUAUCCUCGAUAAGAAGCAGCUUGGACCGACUGCUGGUGGUCUUGUUGAUGCCAUUCAUGAAAUUUAUGGCCACACAGUUGCUGGAAAAUUGAUGAGUAUCCUCGGUCGCCUGCUCACCAGAUUCUUGAACAUGCGCGCGUUUACUUGCGGUAUUGACGAUCUUCGACUGACAAAGGAGGGUGAUCGCAUGCGCAAGGAGAAGUUGAGUACCGCGGCCCAAAUGGGUCGUGAGGUUGCUUUGAAGUAUGUGACGCUUGACAAGUCCUCUGUGGCCGACCAAGAUGCCGAGUUGGAACGCCGACUCGAAGAAGUGCUUCGUGACGAUGAUAAGCAAAGUGGACUGGAUAGUGUUUCGAACUCCCGGUCUGCCCAGCUCUCUUCGGAGAUUACCAAGGCUUGUCUUCCUGCAGGUCUUGCGAAGCCUUUCCCCUGGAACCAGAUGCAGUCGAUGACAAUUUCUGGUGCCAAGGGUUCCGGUGUCAAUGCCAAUCUGAUUUCCUGCAACCUUGGACAGCAGGUUUUGGAGGGUCGUCGUGUGCCGGUCAUGAUCAGUGGUAAAACAUUGCCAUCGUUCCGAGCCUAUGAAACACACCCCAUUGCCGGUGGUUAUGUCUCUGGUCGUUUCUUGACUGGUAUCAAGCCCCAAGAGUAUUACUUCCACGCCAUGGCUGGUCGUGAAGGUCUGAUCGAUACCGCUGUCAAGACAUCCCGUUCCGGUUACCUGCAACGUUGUUUGAUUAAGGGUAUGGAGGGCUUGAGUGCGCAGUACGACUCCUCCGUCCGUGAAGCAUCAGAUGGAUCUAUCGUCCAGUUCUUGUAUGGUGAGGACGGUCUUGACAUCACAAAACAGGUUCAUCUCAAUGAUUUCGGAUUCCUUGCUGAAAAUCACGAGUCCAUUAUGGAGCAAGUCCAAGCUCACCAUCACAACAACUUGGCGAAGGAUGAGGUUUCUACAUGGCACAAGGAUGCAAUGAAGAAGGUUCGGAAGACCGGAAAGGUCGACGCUAUGGAUCCUGUCCUGUCUCAGUAUCACCCUGGAGGUUACCUGGGCAGUACAUCCGAGGCAUUUGCCCAGGCACUCAAGAAGUACACUGACGCGAAUCCGGACAAUCUGUUCAAGGAUAAGAAGAAGGAUCUUGAGGGAGUCGCCAAGUUCGUGGGCGAUUUCCAGAAGAAGCUCCCCAAGAAGGCAUUCGAUGCUUUGAUGAACAUGAAGUACAUGAAGUCUAUUAUUGAUCCUGGUGAGGCAGUCGGUAUCAUGGCCGGUCAGUCCGUUGGUGAGCCGUCUACACAGAUGACUCUGAACACCUUCCACUUGGCUGGUCACUCCGCAAAGAACGUCACCCUGGGUAUUCCCCGUCUUCGUGAAAUCGUUAUGACCGCAAGUGCUUCGAUCAUGACACCCACAAUGACUCUUCUUCUCAACGACGAAAUCCCUCAGGAACACGCAGAGAAGUUCGCCAAGGCUAUCAGCAAGCUCAGCAUUGCUGAAGUUGUUGACAAGGUCCAAGUGAAGGAGCGAAUUGGGGCAGGUGUUGGCUACUCGAGGGCCAAGAUCUACGACAUUGAUAUCACCUUCUUCCCUGCUAAGGAGUACACCAAGGAGUAUGCCAUCGAGAUCAAGGAUGUGCAGAACGCUUUGCAGAGCAAGUUCAUUCCUCGCCUAGUGAAGCUCACCAAGGCUGAGCUGAAGAAGCGAAACGAGGAUAAGACUGGAACAAAGUCCUCGACUGCCCAGCCUGAAAUCGGCGUCUCGGUCGGCAGGAUUCAGGAGGCCCCAAGUGGUCCUGACCGUGAGGCCGAGCCUGCCGAUGAUGAUAAUGAGGACGACGAAGAUGAUGCCAAGCGCUCCCGCGGAAACAACAACCGCAGCAACCAGGUUUCAUAUGAAGGACCGGAUGAUGACGAGCGAGAGAUCAUCAGGCGGCAGGACAGCUCGGAGGACGAGGACGAUGAUGAGAAGGAGACCUCUAAACCAAGCCGUGAUGUCAAAAUGGGCGACUCUGAUGAUUCCGAUGACGAGUCGGAUGACGAAGAUAGCAACACCCGCGAGGAUGAUGUCAAGGGCAAGUUUGAGGAGAUCACGAAGUUCAAGUUCGACCCCAAGAACGGCACAUCGUGCACCAUCCAGUUGCAGUACGACAUUGAGACGCCCAAGCUUCUACUUCUUCCCUUGGUCGAGGCUGCUGCUCAUCACGCCGUGAUCCAGUCCAUUCCAAGCCUCGGAAACUGCGUCUAUGUUGAAGGUGACGAGAUCAAGGGAGAGCCCGCAACCGUUCUCACUGAUGGCGUCAACCUGCUCGCCAUGCGCGAUUACCAGGAUAUCAUCAAGCCGCACUCCAUCUACUGUAACUCCAUUCAUGACAUGCUCCAUUACUACGGUGUUGAGGCGGCCCGUGCCACCAUUGUUCGUGAAAUGGACGCCGUUUUCAAGGGUCACAGUAUCUCUGUUGACAAUCGUCACUUGAACUUGAUUGGUGAUGUGAUGACCCAGUCUGGUGGCUUCAAAGCCUUCAGCCGUAACGGCCUGGUCAAGGAUUCUACUUCGGCCUUUGCUCGCAUGUCUUUCGAGACAACAGUGGGUGCUCUUAAGGACGCUGUUCUUGAGAGAGAUGUUGAGAACCUGAAGGGUCCUAGUGCCCGGAUUGUUGUUGGACGCGCAGGCACCGUCGGAACGGGUGCCUUUGACGUCCUUGCUCCUGUUGCAUAG